UCUCAGCCUUCAGAGAUCAGCAGUCGCUGGGUGAUAAUGGAGCAUUUAACCCAGAUGAUGGAAAGGAGAGCUUGGCAUUCUCAGGACUCUGGCCUUUUGGAGGAAGAAGAGGAUAUGACCAGGUCUCUUGAAACAGUGACAUUUAAGGAUGUUGCUGUGGACCUCACCCAGGAGGAAUGGCAGCAAAUGAAACCUGCUCAGAGGAACUUGUACCGGGAUGUGAUGCUGGAGAACUACAGCAACCUAGUCACAGUGGGUUAUCAAGUCACCAAACCAGAUGUGAUCUUCAAGUUGGAGCAGGAAGAGGAGCCAUGGGUGGUAGAGGAAGAAAUGCUUGGGAGGCACUGUCCAGAAGUUUGGGAAGUUGAUGAACAGAUCAAGAAGCAACAGGAAACACUUGUGAGGAAAGUCACAUCCAUCUCCAAGAAAACUCUGAUUAAGGAAAAUGUCAUUGAAUGUAAAAGAGUUACAAAAAUAUUUCCUUUGAGCUCAGAUAUUCUUACUUCAAGACAAAACUUCUUUGAAUGUGACUCACUUGAUAAGGGUUUAGAACAUAAUUUAGAUUUACUUAGUUAUGAGAAGAACUGUGUAAGAGAGAAAAACUAUGAAUAUAGUAAGUACGGGAAGCCUUUUUACCAUUGCUCAUCCCAUGUUCUAACCCCCUUUAAGUGUAAUCAGUGUGGACAAGACUUCAGUCAUAAAUUUGACCUCAUCAGACAUGAGAGAAUUCAUGCUGGAGAGAAACCCUAUGAAUGUAAGGAAUGUGGAAAAGCUUUCAGCAGGAAGGAAAAUCUUAUCACACAUCAAAAAAUUCAUACUGGGGAAAAACCAUAUAAAUGUAAUGAAUGUGGAAAAGCUUUCAUUCAGAUGUCAAACCUUAUUAGACACCAGAGAAUUCAUACGGGGGAGAAACCUUAUGCAUGUAAGGAUUGUUGGAAAGCCUUCAGUCAGAAAUCAAAUCUCAUUGAACAUGAGAGAAUUCAUACUGGAGAAAAACCCUAUGAAUGUAAAGAAUGUGGAAAAUCCUUCAGCCAGAAGCAAAACCUUAUUGAGCAUGAGAAAAUUCAUACUGGGGAGAAACCUUAUGCAUGUAAUGAAUGUGGUAGAGCCUUUUCUCGAAUGUCAUCUGUUACUCUACACAUGAGAAGUCACACAGGGGAGAAACCCUAUAAAUGUAAUAAAUGUGGAAAAGCCUUCUCUCAAUGCUCAGUGUUUAUUAUACAUAUGAGAAGUCAUACAGGUGAGAAGCCCUAUGUGUGUAGUGAAUGUGGGAAAGCGUUCUCUCAAAGUUCAUCCCUUACUGUACAUAUGAGAAAUCAUACAGCUGAGAAACCCUAUGAAUGUAAUGAGUGUGGAAAAGCCUUCAGCAGGAAAGAAAAUCUCAUUACACAUCAAAAAAUUCAUACUGGAGAGAAACCAUAUGAAUGUAAUGAAUGUGGGAAAGCUUUUAUUCAGAUGUCAAACCUCAUUAGACACCAGAGAAUUCAUACUGGUGAGAAACCUUAUGCAUGUACAGUAUGUGGGAAAGCCUUUAGUCAGAAAUCAAAUCUCACCGAACAUGAGAAAAUUCAUACUGGAGAGAAACCCUAUCAUUGUAAUCAAUGUGGAAAAGCUUUCAGUCAGAGACAAAAUCUCCUUGAGCAUGAAAAAAUUCAUACUGGAGAAAAACCAUUUAAAUGUAAUGAAUGUGGUAAAGCCUUCUCUCGAAUCUCAUCCCUUACUCUUCAUGUGAGAAGUCAUACAGGGGAGAAACCGUAUGAAUGUAAUAAGUGUGGAAAGGCCUUCUCUCAAUGCUCAUUACUUAUUAUACAUAUGAGAAGUCAUACUGGUGAGAAACCUUUUGAAUGUAAUGAAUGUGGGAAAGCAUUCUCUCAAAGAGCAUCCCUUUCUAUACAUAAGAGAGGGCAUACAGGUGAGAAACCGAAAACCUACGAAUGCAAGGGAUGUAAGGAAGCUUUCAGGUGCCAAUCACACCAUAUUCAACACGAAAGAAGUCAUAAGGAAAAAGACUCUAAAUGUGGAGAAUGUGGGAAAGCUUUUAAUAGUAGGUCAGACUUGAUUAAGCAUCAGAGAAUUCAUGAAAGCAAAAAAAGUAAAGAAAAUAAGAAAUGUGCCUCUAUCCAUGGCUCUGAAACUACUAAACCUCAGAACAUUAACACUAGUGAGAAACCUCAUAAAUGUAAGGAAUGUGGGAAAGCCUUUCAUUCUAACUCACAACUCCGUAAACAUCAAAAGAUCCACAUAGGUGAGAAACCCUAUAAAUGUAAAGAGUGUAGGAAGGCCUUUCCAUCUACCUCACAACUUAAUUUACAUCAGAGAGUUCAUACUGAUGAGAAAUACUAUGAAUGUAAGGAAUGUGGGAAAGCCUUUACCCGUCCCUCACAUCUUCUUCGACAUCAGAGAAUCCAUACUGGUGAGAAACCCCAUAAAUGUAAGGAAUGUGGGAAAGCUUUCCGUUACGACACGCAACUUAGUCUUCAUCAGAUAAUUCAUACUGGUGAAAGACACUAUGAGUGUAAGGAGUGUGGGAAGGUAUAUAGUUGUGCCUCUCAACUGAGUCUACAUCAGAGAAUCCAUACUGGUGAGAAACCUCAUAAAUGUAAGGAAUGUGGGAAAGCUUUUAUCUCUGAUUCACAUCUUACUCGACAUCAGAGUGUUCAUACUGGUGAGAAACCAUACAAAUGUAAGGAAUGUGGAAAGGCCUUUCGUCGUGGCUCGGAACUUACUCGACAUCAGAGAGCUCACACUGGUGAGAAACCCUAUAAAUGUAAGGAAUGUAAAAUGGCCUUUACUUGUAGUACAGAACUUAUUCGACAUCAAAAAGUUCACACUGGUGAGAGACCCCAUAAAUGUAAGGAAUGUGGGAAGGCUUUUAUUCGGAAGUCAGAACUUACUCAUCACGAGAGAAGUCAUAGUGGUGAAAAGCCCUAUAAGUGUAAGGAAUGCAAGAAGGCCUUUGGUCGUGGCUCAGAACUUAAUCGACACCUGAAAAUUCAUACUGGUGAGAAACCUUACAAAUGUAGGCAAUGUGGGAAGGCCUUUAUUCGUGGCUCACACCUUAGUAAACAUCAAAGAAUUCAUACGGGAAAGAGGAGCUAUGAGUGUAACAAAUACGGGAAGCUCCUCUGCAGGAAGUCUGUUUUUAUCGUGCAUCAGAGAUCUCAAACAGAAGAGAAACCCUUUCAGUGUCCUUACUGUGGGAAUAACUUUAGAAGGAAGUCAUAUCUCAUUGAACAUCAACGAAUUCACACAGGUGAGAAACCUUAUGUUUGCAAUCAAUGUGGGAAAGCUUUCCGUCAAAAGACAGCCCUCACUCUACAUGAGAAAACACAUAUAGAGGGGAAGCCCUACAUCUGUAUGGAUUGUGGGAAGUCCUUCCGCCAGAAGGCAACUCUCACUAGACAUCACAAAACACAUACAGGGGAGAAAGCCUAUGAAUGUACUCAGUGUGGAAGUGCUUUUAGAAAGAAGUCAUACCUCAUUGAUCAUCAGAGAACUCACACAGGAGAGAAACCAUAUCAAUGUAAUGAGUGUGGGAAGGCAUUUAUCCAGAAGACAACUCUCACUGUACAUCAGAGAACUCACACAGGAGAGAAACCCUAUAUUUGCAGUGAAUGUGGGAAGUCCUUCUGCCAAAAGACAACCCUCACUCUCCAUCAAAGAAUUCACACUGGGGAAAAACCGUAUAUUUGUAAUGAAUGUGGGAAGUCCUUCCGCCAGAAGGCAAUCCUCACUGUUCAUCAGAGAAUACAUACAGGAGAGAAAUCCAAUGGAUGUUCUCAGUGUGGGAAAGCCUUUAGUAGGAAAUCAAACCUCAUUCGCCACCAGAAAACUCACACAGGAGAGAAACCGUAUGAAUGUAAAGAAUGUGGGAAGUUCUUCAGUUGUAAGUCAAACCUCAUUGUACAUCAAAAAACUCACAAGAUAGAAACCUUGGGAAUUCAGUAAAGGAUAUGACUUUUUGGUAAAAACUUUUGAAGUCAUAGUAAACCCUGUACAUGAUGUAGCUUGCAAAUAUAAUAAUAUUCAACAGUUUUAGGUACUAUUCCACAAAUUUACCUACUGUUUGUGAGCCUAUAUAACAAAGAAUGACUAGACAAAUGACAAUAGUCAUUGAAAAUACCACCCUAAAUUUUUUAUUAUUAGAUUCAGCAGGCAUAAGCUUCCUCUGUCAAGUUUCUACAAACAUUUAAAAUUGCUUAUUUUCAAUUUCAAAACAUACCUUGUUGUGACCCACUAAUAAGGAGUUGACCAACUGGCAGUGGUCUGUGGACCACACUGUGAGCGGAGGUGUUUUAAAGAAAGGAAGUGUGAACUGUAUUUCUCGUUGGAAAUAUGAAAUAAAAAUUAGUUGUUACCUCCUCAAAAUUUACCACAGUUCUGACUUCUAACAUUAUAAAUUAGGUUUUGCUUAUUAUGAACCU